CGCUUGACCAUACCAACACAAAACAAUCACCGAUUUGCCCAAAGACGCAACCUUUGGGAGACAUCAAAAGGCUCAACCCUUUCGGAACAACUGUCCUUAAAACUCUUCGUCCCUCGCGUCUCUCGUAAUCGCAUCAAUCGCGAGAUUUACAAUUUUCGUUUUGUUAACUCAAUUCGAACAUGUCAUCGUUUUCAACGUCUCUCUCCUCCCGCACCUCCUCCUCGUCCCCUUUCUUAUCAAAUCAUUCUUCCCUCAUCAACAGCGACCCAUCACGACGCUCACUCUCAUUCCCUCAGGGGAUAAACCUAGAUGACCUCUGCGUUAGAUCUAAGAGGAAGCUCGUCCAGAGCUCUGUUGCAGUGGGAGAUGGCUUUGGUUUCUGUACUAUUCUCCGACUCUUCUUGAUGCGAUUACCAUUGGUUUUAGGCGCAGUUAUCACCAAGUCAAGCUCGCCUGAGUUAAAAGGCGGACCUUUAUCGAUUCCGUCACAAGAAGCAGAAGACAAGCUUGUGAUAGAGUCUAACGGCGGCAAAGAGCAUUCGACGGUUAGUAUCACCGUGGUGGGAGCUUCUGGUGAUCUUGCCAAGAAGAAGAUAUUUCCAGCUCUCUUCGCACUCUACUAUGAAGGCUGUCUUCCUGAGCAUUUUACGAUAUACGGGUAUGCAAGGAGUAAGAUGACAGAUGCUGAACUUAGAGACAUGGUCAGCAAAACACUGACUUGUAGAAUUGAUAAGAGGGAAAACUGCGGUGAGAAGAUGGAAGAGUUUCUCAAGAGAUGUUUUUACCAUACGGGUCAGUAUGAUUCUCAGGAACAUUUUGUUGCAUUGGACAAGAAGCUCAAGGAGCAUGAGGGUGGAAGACUCUCGAACCGCCUUUUCUAUCUUUCAAUCCCUCCAAAUAUCUUUGUCGACGCUGUGAAGUGUGCAAGCUCUUCUGCUUCAUCUUCCAGUGGAUGGACUAGGGUCAUUGUCGAGAAACCUUUUGGCCGAGAUUCCAAAACCUCCGCUGCUUUAACAAAGUCCCUUAAGCAGUACCUUGAGGAAGACCAAAUAUUUAGGAUAGACCAUUACUUAGGAAAGGAACUAGUUGAGAACUUGUCCGUUCUUCGAUUCUCAAAUCUCAUAUUUGAACCGUUAUGGUCAAGGCAGUACAUACAGAACGUGCAGUUCAUAUUCUCUGAAGAUUUCGGCACUGAAGGACGUGGAGGGUACUUUGAUCAUUACGGAAUAAUAAGAGAUAUAAUGCAGAAUCAUCUGCUUCAGAUAUUAGCUCUUUUCGCCAUGGAAACACCUGUUAGUUUGGAUGCAGAGGAUAUAAGAAAUGAAAAGGUAAAGGUUCUACGUUCAAUGAGGCCAAUACAACUUGAAGAUGUGGUGAUAGGACAGUACAAGAGCACCACCAAAGGAGGAGUCACUUAUCCAGGCUAUACUGAUGAUAAAACUGUCCCAAAAGAUAGCCUGACACCGACGUUUGCAGCUGCUGCACUCUUCAUCGACAAUGCUAGAUGGGACGGUGUUCCUUUUCUGAUGAAAGCUGGGAAAGCACUACACACCCGGAGUGCGGAGAUAAGAGUGCAGUUCAGGCAUGUGCCUGGAAAUUUAUAUAACCGGAACUCUGGUGGUACUAAUCUUGACCGGACCACAAAUGAGCUUGUCAUCCGUGUCCAACCAGAUGAAGGCAUCUAUUUGAAAAUCAACAACAAGGUCCCUGGUUUAGGAAUGAGAUUAGAUCAGAGUCACUUGAAUCUUCUCUAUUCAGCAAGGUAUUCAAAGGAGAUCCCAGAUGCAUAUGAGAGGCUGUUGCUGGAUGCAAUCGAAGGGGAACGAAGGUUGUUCAUAAGAAGCGAUGAACUUGACGCUGCUUGGGCGCUUUUCACUCCACUGCUCAAAGAGAUUGAAGAAAAGAAGACAAUACCAGAGUUCUAUCCUCACGGCAGUCGUGGUCCAGUUGGUGCUCAUUAUUUAGCUGCAAAACAUAAUGUCCAAUGGGGAGACCUUAGUCUCGACCAGUGAAAGUGUGGAAGAGUCAUUAAUCAACCCUUUUCUUUGUUCCAUAGAUCCACGUCUAAGGAUUCUCAUUGAUUAUGUUGUUGGGAACAAUGCAAAUUUUCUUGAAUAAUAAGUAAUGGUUCCUCUUUUUCUACC